AUGGGAGAGGGCCUGUCCUCUUGUGGUUAUUGGCCAUUCUGGGAAUCUUAUGACAAAUUAAAAAUUCCGAGUUCAAUUUACCAAAAAGUACGGGUAAUUUGAAGCCUAAAAUUAAAACUUUUUUCUCUUCAGAAGGCCAUUUAUUCUCGGCAUUUUGGAAAUGGAACGAUCUUUCGAGCUUCAUCGUUGCCCUUAUCGGGUUCUCCAUCGUCUCAGCUGGCGUUACCUACUUCUUCAGCGAAGUCCAUUGCCCGGCUGGAGUCGAUUUUCACGAAGAUAUCAAACUGGAGGAGCCGAAGUGCAAGGUAGGUGAUUUUGGAAUGGGUUUUGGAGAUGUUUAGAAGCUUGCUUUUUUGUUUGGAAGAGAAAAUUUCUCUUCUUGUGAGAGAAAGGGCGCGCAGUUCAAAACGGAGUUUUUUUGAGUUGGAGAGGGAGGCAUUUUGCCACGUUUUUGAUACUUCCCGGAUGCAAAAUGAUACGUUUUGUGCCACUAAAUCACUGUACGCGUAAAGUAAUAUGAAAAUUUCAUAAUUUUUUUUCAGCCGAACUUGUACAUCGAAGGCUUGGGAUUGGUCGCCGUCCUGACUGAAGCCUGUUUGGGUCUCCCGCAGCUGAUCCGCAACUUCCAAAGACACUCAACUCAAGGCAUGAGCGUCAACAUGGUCCUGAUGUGGCUGCUUGGAGAUGUGGGAAAAACUUUGUACUUUAUCUUUAAGCAGACUCCAGCUCAGUUCUGGAUUUGUGGAUGCUUGCAGGUGAGAUUUUUUGAAGUCAUGAAAAAAAAAUGUUUGCUUUUUUUGGAAUUUUUUUAUUUUUAGAUCACAAUCGACAUCCUGAUUUUGGGUCAAGUCUACUUCUACAACCGUGGAACCGCCCGAAUCCCGACCUAUGUCCCAUCUUCUCAGGCCAAGUUGUAA